ACCAUAAACAGCAAACUUCCUUCUGACAUGCGCAAUUUAGUAUUAUGGGUCUUUUUGCAGCUGUGUUGCAAAUUUUGAAGAAGUCAUAGCCCUUGCCACCGUCUAUCCUAGCUCUGGGGUAUCCUCAGUAGAAUCUUUGAAAUUUGGCCUCCUUGUUGAGGUAAGAACGACAUGAGAAGUUGAACUCAUGAUUGCUCGUUGGCGAAUGCGUGGAUACGCAUGCUCGAAUUCGUUGGUUGAAAUUUCCAUUAUGAACCGAAAGAGCAUAUGAAUUGCCUGCCAGCUCAGACCAUCAGGGUCGUCACGAUCAAACAACCUACAAGCGCUGAAAGAUCCUCUAGCGACAUGUUCGGGGACGAGAAAUACGCAGGGAUCUCUGCGUCUGAAAUUGACACUGGCGCUCAGCUCGUUGCUGGGUUGACUUCGACUCUUGAGCCUGAUGAGGCUUUGAGAAUAAGGAAGAAGAUCGACAGACAUGUUAUGCCUCUGAUGUGUGUUCUUUUUGGGAUCCAACUCGUGGACAAGAUAACCUUAGGUUCUGCGGCUAUCCUUGGAAUUCAGCAGGCCACACACCUGACUGUGAAUGAGUUCAAUUGGCUUGGCACUGCAUUUUAUCUCGGUUACAUUCUCUUCGAGUAUCCCCAGAAUCUUGCCCUUCAGAGAUUUCCGGUCGGAAAGUGGAUGAGUAUUAAUAUCUUCGUCUGGGCAAUCGCGCUUGCAUGUCAUGCAGCGUGCAAGAACUUUCGUGAGCUUCUUGUCGUGCGCUUGUUGCUGGGCGUAUGCGAGGGGUCGAACACUGCGGGAUUCUUGAUCGUUGGUUCCAUGUUCUACACGCGGACGGAACAGACGCUACGGGUUGGUUAUUGGUCUAUGAUGCUUGGCUCUGCACAAGUAUUCUCUGGUUUUAUCAGCUUUGGUGUUUUGCAUAUUCACACCUCAUGGUUUGAACCGUGGCAAUGGCUCAUGGUUAUCACCGGUAUGAUAACGAUGAUCCUUGCCAUCUUAUUUUGGUUCUUGUUCCCUGAUUCGCCUACGAACGCCUGGUUCCUGACUCACGAUGAGCGAGUGAAAGCUGUGCAGCGCAUCAAGGAAAACCAGACAGGGGUAGAAAACAAACACUUUAAGAUGGGGCAGAUGAUCGAAGCCCUGACCGACAUCAAGACAUGGCUCUUCGCUCUCCUCGCAGCUCUAUGCAAUGUGCCUACCUCAGUCUUAAACCAACAGUCACUCAUCCUCGUUUCGUUUGGAUUUAAUUCUCUACAGACGACUCUGUUAUCUUGUAUUACUGGUGUGAUUCAAUUCUUGGUAGUCUUCACUGCUGUCCGGCUUGCAGCACGAUGGCCCAAUGCGAGAGCAUACGUUGGUGCUAUAUUCUACAUCCCGGGGUGGCUGGGGGUCUUGCUAAUCAAUUUAGUUCCUUGGUCGAAUCGGGCUGGACUUCUCGCCGGCCAGUACCUGUCUGCGUUCCCUGUGCCCGGAUUUGUACUGGCAUUGUCGUGGCUUAAUAAUGUGACUGCUGGUCAUACAAAGAGGGUUGUUACUAACGCCACUAUACUCUCGGCUUACUGCGUUGGCAACGCAACUGGCCCCUUGAUGUGGAAGGCACAGUAUAAGCCACGCAACCAUAUCCCAUGGGCUGUGAUCGGCACAUGCUACGUCGUCUGCCCGCUACUUCUCCUUGUCAUCCGUGCUGUUCUUGUCCGCGAGAACCGAAUCCGCGAUGCAGAGCCUGUUGGCGAGGGAGAAGAAUACGUUAUCGAGCGAAUCGAAGAGGAUGGGAAGUGUGUUAAAGUCAAAGUCGACAAGGAAUUCCUGGACCUGACGGAUAGGCAGAAUAGAGACUUCAGAUACGUUUUAUGAUAUCAAUCAAGCAAUCUCGGUCCUUUAAGUGUUCAGAAAUGGCAUCGUGUUCAUUGAUCAGUGACACGGCCUACAUGUAUAUGUUAAUCACGCUGUCUGUAAACGUGGAAUAAAAUAGAGACUCCAAACCGCUC